AUGCACAAGUACAUAUCAAAAGCAACUGUGCAACGAUCUUCUGCAAUUUGUAUGGCACUUGACAGAUAUAACAAGCUGGCACCUCUGCAAGUCCCACCUCAACCAAUCCUUGAGUAUACUAAAGUCGUAUGGUAUGCGGCCUUAGGAGAAUUCACACUCCUGAAGCAUUCACAUCAUGAUCUACUUAUGAAACCAUGGGCUAUACCAGAGAAUUGCAAGAUGUCAGCAAAGUUUUUUAAAGUCCUACACUUGCAUGAAGAGAUCACACGCUUGAACAUUGAGAUAGGGAGACUUCAUGCUUGGAUGGAGUUUGGGGAGAAAAGCAUGGUCUCUGCAAUAGCUGCACUAAACAACAAAGCCUUGCCCAUCCUAGCAUCUGAGUUGCAGAGGCAAUAUGCUGCAUGGCACCAUGUUAACAAUAUUCACUGUACUCACCUAUGA